UUGGGUCUUCCUACCGCUUCUGCAGUAGCGACCCCGCUCUUUCAUCCUUUCGGAACCACCCUCAGCAUCCGAUCUUACUUUUUCUUUCACCCACGAGGGCAGCAGCUGGCCACCUCCGUAACCGGUGCAAACACCCAAGCCAGUGCUCAGUGCUUUCCUCAGCUAGUAUUUUCCCGCUUGUCUUUCUUUGGGGCUCCCCACGAGCCACUCCAAUGUUCCUCCAUCCUAACAAAUUAUUCUGUUGGUCUGUUUAACUGAAGAGUUGUAAAUCUUGAAGACUUUAUUAUUAUUAUUUUGAUUCUUUUUAUUUCAUCCCCCUGUGGGCAACGGAGCAAUGAAAUUUCCAAUCGAGACGCCAAGAAAGCAGGUGAACUGGGAUCCUAAAGUGGCCGUGCCUGCAGCAGCUCCACCAGUGUGCCAGCCCAAGAGUGCCACUAACGGGCAACAUCCGGUUCCCCGCCUCUCCAUUUCCUCCCGAGCCACGGUGGUAGCCAGGAUGGAAGGAGCCUCCCAGGGAGGCCUGCAGACAGUUAUGAAGUGGAAAACGGUGGUUGCCAUCUUUGUGGUGGUGGUGGUCUACCUCGUCACAGGAGGCCUUGUCUUCCGGGCAUUGGAACAGCCCUUUGAGAGCAGUCAGAAGAACACCAUCGCCUUGGAGAAGGCAGAAUUCUUGAGAGAUCACAUCUGUGUGAGCCCCCAGGAGCUGGAGACAUUGAUCCAGCACGCGCUCGAUGCUGACAACGCAGGAGUCAGCCCAGUAGGGGACUCUUCCAACAGCAGCAGCCACUGGGACCUCGGCAGUGCCUUUUUCUUCGCUGGAACAGUCAUCACGACCAUAGGGUAUGGGAACAUUGCUCCAAGCACUGAAGGAGGCAAAAUCUUUUGUAUUUUAUAUGCCAUCUUUGGGAUUCCGCUCUUUGGUUUCUUAUUGGCUGGAAUUGGAGAUCAACUUGGAACCAUCUUUGGCAAAAGCAUUGCAAGAGUGGAAAAGGUUUUCCGAAAAAAGCAAGUGAGUCAGACCAAGAUCCGGGUCAUCUCAACUAUUCUGUUCAUCUUGGCUGGCUGCAUCGUGUUUGUGACAAUCCCUGCUGUCAUUUUUAAAUACAUCGAGGGCUGGACAGCUUUGGAGUCCAUUUACUUCGUGGUGGUCACUCUGACUACAGUAGGCUUUGGUGAUUUUGUGGCAGGGGGAAAUGCUGGCAUCAACUACCGAGAGUGGUAUAAGCCGUUGGUGUGGUUUUGGAUCCUUGUUGGCCUUGCCUACUUCGCAGCUGUCCUUAGUAUGAUAGGAGACUGGCUGCGUGUUUUAUCCAAAAAGACGAAAGAAGAGGUGGGUGAGAUCAAAGCCCAUGCAGCCGAGUGGAAAGCUAAUGUCACCGCCGAGUUCCGGGAGACCAGAAGGCGACUCAGCGUUGAGAUCCAUGACAAACUGCAGCGAGCAGCCACCAUCCGCAGUAUGGAGCGCCGGAGGCUGGGCUUGGAUCAGAGGGCCCACUCUCUGGACAUGCUAUCCCCAGAGAAGCGUUCUGUCUUUGCAGCCCUGGAUACAGGACGUUUCAAGGCUUCAUCCCAGGAAAGCAUCAACAACCGACCCAACAACCUGCGCCUUAAGGGGUCAGAACAGCUCAACAAGCAUGGGCAAGGCGCUUCUGAGGACAACAUCAUCAACAAGUUUGGGUCCACCUCCAAACUCACCAAGAGGAAAAACAAAGAUCUAAAAAAGACCUUACCAGAGGAUGUUCAGAAAAUCUAUAAGACCUUUCGGAAUUACUCUCUGGAUGAAGAGAAGAAAGAGGAGGAGACAGAAAAGACAUGUAACUCAGACAACUCCAGCACAGCCAUGCUGACGGAGUGCAUACAGCAGCAAGCUGAGAUGGAGACCAAAGACCAGGGGCUGGAGAACAACUCCUUACUUCAAGACAGAGAGUAAAUGAUAAAGACACUGGAUUGGACUAAGUGUUGUCUUGUUUUUGUUGUUUUGUUUUUGUUUUUUUUCUUUUUUAAAAUAUUCACACUGAGACACGUGCCUUAAAUAGACUUGUUAGUCCAAAAUUACAUAACAUUGAAGAAUAUAUUUCACUGUGCCAUACACAACUGAAAGCUUGCUCUGCCAAAAGGAAUCAGAUAAGAGCUUCAUUUCAGAUGGUGGUGGCAGGACACAGGGGGAGCUUUUGCACACGUAGCAGGUGUCGCCUGUCCCCGUGAGGGGCGCUCCAGUGGUAGGCUAUAGCUGUCACACAGUGCCACUCUGACGUGGGCAGCUAUUCCUUCGACUAGCCUCUUAGAGGACAGGCUUGUCUUGUGGAUGGAUGGAGUCUCCGUUCCUCAACCUUCCUUAGUGAUAGGUUACACAUCAAGGGGGCAGCUGUUCGCAGGUUUGCAGGUGGCCCGGUCACUCGAGCUAGGGUUUGAGUGGACAUUUUUGGCAUGUCCUCAGCUUGAGUUUUGACAGGCCACGGCACAGAACUCCUACUCCGGAUGAAUGUCCUUGGGACCCAAGGGUACCUGGAGUUUGUUGGAAGCUGAUCAGAGCACAUGUUUAAUAAAGGUGCAAUUGCUUUUCUCGUUAAAAAAAAAAUAUCACAGACUCAUCCCACUGUGGCAAUGUCCUUAACCAAUGGGAGAAGCCCACUGAACUUCGUCCUUUUUCCGGGGUAGGUAGUUCGGGCAGGCUUGCACAUUGGUGAAAGUGCCACCUCAGCCACUGCCUGGUGGGAAGGCAAAUGUUGCAUUUUCUUCAGCGGGUGUGAAGGUAAAAUCAGCUGACUCUGGAGCAUCCAUACUCACUUUUCUACGGGAACACUUUCAUUCUAACUUCUUUUGAUAGGUGGGAGGAUAUACCAAAAUUAUUGCCUUUUGCAUGAUGCCAGUGGCUUGCUGCUCUGUCUAGCUGAUCCUAUUUUUUUUUAAAUAAAAGUAAAAAUAGACAUCUUGUGUUUGUGAGACACGUCAAGGAGGACCCUGGCAUCUUUACAUCUCAGGGCUUUUUGUCCUUUUGGGUGUCUUAGAGUAGACAUAGCUAUGAGACUCAAUCUAUUUCCAUACAAGAGGAAAAUGAAUCUCGCACCCAAUCCUUGUCUAUUAAGAUUGAAAUGGUUUAAGUUGUUUGCAGCUUAAGUGCCAUUAAUACCAUCUAAAAAUAAUACUGAAAAGGAGUAUUUCAUUUUAUGCCUACCUUUCUUCAUGCCUUUAUUAUGGGGGCAUAACCCUUCCUUGUCUGUUCAUCCCACACCUGCUGCUCACUCAAGUGGUAUCUCCCCUAUCAUUUUCUCUAGGCAAACAAUGAUCAACAUGCGCUAGCUAUGCUUGCUUAUAGGGUUACAAUGUUCAGAGAAGGAACACUGUCGGGAAGGUCCACUUGUAGGUUUUGGGAGGAUGAUUUUCAAAAGCAUUUUAUCGGGAAGGGGAAAUUCAUAGUAGGCUUUUUCUCUCACAUGUGUGUGUUUCAGCUUUAACCAGAUUUGGUUGGCGUGUUGGUUCAGCUAGCUAGUGUUCUGGAACCCUGCAUCUAAACAUUGGAUUCUGUAAUAUGAGGAAGUUGCUGGCUAGGGGUCUUCUAGACUCAGUACCAUCUUUGGGGGAUUUCAUGUAAUUUUCUGUAACUAAGUUCACAGAGCGGAUUUAACAAAAGAUCACAGCACAAGUGGAGACUUCCAGAAACCAUCUAUCAUUUCGGAGGGGAAAUUUAUGCCCAUCGCCUCCGUGACCACUGGUACCAUGGGAGACCCAUCACCCCUGCCUAUCUUUCUGAAACGCACUGCUUACAAUUGUCCCCUUCUUGGAACCCAGAAGCCCCCUGUUUUCCAGAUCCCAAACCUUUAGGAUCUUGUUAGAGAGCUGAGAAGUCAAAUGAGAAUCACUAUGGUGAGGUCUUUUCUGUCAAGGGUUCGUCUGGACUAACUUCUCCAUUGGAACAGAAUGUUGGCUCACUGAUACAGGUGUGGACGCAGGGCUUCUACUACGACUGGCUCAUUGUGCUAAAGAACAGAUAGACAAGUGUGAUUUCUCUUAUUCUGACAAGUUUCCCAAUGAAACUGCAUGUGGAUCUCAUUCAUUUAGGUUUCCACUGUGUGGCACCUUGCUAUGUCUUUAUGGUUAUAUUAAAACUGCAGGCUCUGGAUCUGUAUCCGGUAAAGAAGCUUCCCUGUUGUUUGCACAGUGGCUUUCAUGGGACUGGCACUGAAUGGUACAUUUUAUGGCACUCACUGAAACCUUGCCAUGGCAUGUGGGAAGCAUUUACACAUCCUUUGUAGAGAUGAGGAUACAGAGACUCAGGGAGGCGAAGGAGCUUACCCGCAAUACACAGCAAGAGGGCCGUGGAGUCUGUUCGCAGUUUUGCUGCAGGGUCCACCUCCUGCACCUUUGUAAAUGAGAGCGCGUGCAUGUGUGUGGUUGUGUGUGUCCCAAGUGUGAGCACGCACACAUCUUACAAGCUUCAUGAGCACAGUUGACAGGGAGGAGGAGAAGACAGGCAUUUUUAUCCCUAUGAGGGCAUGACGUUUUGGCAUAAUCCUGGCCUUUAAGGUUGCCCUUGAAGACACAUGUAUGCUCUUGGCUUGGGGAUGCCAUAGACAGCACCUUUUCUGGGCCGCUGGAAAUGCCCCUCAAAAGCACUCUUUUGCACUUUACUUGAUUUUCACGCAGAAACUCUUCAUACAGCAGGAAUUAGACAGCUCAGAGGUCUUAGAUACAUGAGUGACCAAAUGGAACAGGUGUGCGAGUUGGUGUGUGCAUAGAUGUAUUCACAAGAAUCAAACCACAGUAAUACUGAGAAUCAAGCAUGUCCUUGGACUGAGAGUGUAUAACCCCUUCCCUGAGUGUUGGAUGCAGGUUUGAAAUGAUGUCACAGAAGACCCUCUAUGAAGAUAGUGUAUGUGGGCAAAGUGUUCCAAAAACUAUGAACUACUCUCCAAAGGAGAGGCUGAAGAAUGAGAGAUGUAAUUUCUCUUCGUGUAUACAUGCUAAGCCUGUAGUUAUUGGUUGUGUGGAUGUUACCCCUGUAAAGAGGGAGGCAAAUAACAAAUAGAACAUAUGUGAUAAGACAGCUGCUAUGUGUUCUAUACAAAUAGCCCAGGCUCUCCCCUUCCCAUUAGUACCCCCUGCCUAUAUUAAGCUCAGAAUACAUGUAUGGUUGUUACAUUUGGGAAGGACACAUGUUUGGUGUCUUCAGCGGGAAAUUUUGUGCUUUAUUUGGUAGCUGGGUACAGAACUGUCCUCUCUUCUGGAGGUUUACUGGAAACUGCCCAAAGGACAGUUUCGAGAGGCUAUGUUCCAUACCCAGUCUGAACUCAGUAGUGAUUCACUCUGGCAGUCUGUCGGUUUGGGUAUAAGGCCAUACAGUGUGUGUGUGUGUGUGUGUGUGUGUGUGGUGUGUAUGGUGUGAAAGGGAUCACUGGCCUAUAAUCAGAUAUCUAGGAUGACUGUGCUCUGCCACAUUUCCGUCUAUGCUCAUGGGCACACUGCUUCCCCGUACCUCAACUGCACACCAGUGGAACCGAGCACAGGUUAUGAUCAAACCCGUUUCCAGUUGUGUAGUGUGCUGAGAGAAUAUUUCCCAACCCAUGAGUUAAGUUUAAUCAGAAAAUUAUUAAGUUGGAUCUCUGAAUAUUGAUUAAUGGCCCCACUCCUAUCCUUGGCACUUGUUUUUUGCAUGGAGACCAGAUGUAUUUGAGGGACUGGUGUCCAAAUUAGGAUUACAUUUCAUAUAGGCUCUCCCCACUGACCUAGUAGGCACACCUUCACCGGAAAGCUCACAAGAUGCAGGAAUUUUGGGGGUGGGGUGGGUUAGGGGCAGGGCAAUGGUGUUAAGACUAGUCAAAGAAUUGUAAGCCCUUACUAUUUGCAUUCAGUUCUACUAAAGGUUCCCUUUGAUUGAGAUGUGGAUUCAUGUCCUUCUCCUUCCCUCCUUCCAGUACACAAAGGCACACAUGCAUGUAGGAAAUGACUUUUUGGCUUCUAUGGGAAUAACUUCAUGUGGAAAGUUCUAGUUGUACGAAAUAGUAAACAAUCCCUUCCCCUCUUCCGAGGUGUCAUUUCCUGGGCAAGUCCAAGCUGCAUAUUGAUUUGUAUGCUUGGUUUGAGGGAAUUGGUGAAAAUGUGUGCCAGGGUUCUGAUGGAGGGAGUUGUGGCUCACUGGAUUGGGGACGAACGUCAACUAUCCAGUGUGCAGAAUGGUUUCAGCAUUACAGCGAAGACACAAAAGGGCAUGAAAUAAAACAAAUUUGCAGAGCCUCUUUGUAAAAGAAAAUGAGCCCUGCUGCCCUCUGCAGUGUGGUCCUUGGCGUUUUGCCAACGCUCCGUCUCUGGCAGUCUUUCUCACUGUUAGGAUACAGCUGUGUGCAGAGACAGAGGCUGAGGGGACAUGAGAAGCCUCUCCUGGUUAAUGAUGACCCCAAGAAGACUCGCGAUGUCACUUUCAUUUAGCAUUGUGGGUGCUGUUGAGUCUGCAUAUGCUGUGACAGUGGCAAAGCUCUGAUAGAAUCCUACACUGUGCCCCUGUGCAGGAGCCAUGCCAUGUCACAUCACUCUUUCCAGCCUCCACGUGCUUCUUGGUCCUCUCAUGUUUGUAGAGCACACAACAGCUUAGUGGUAUAGAGGAGAGGUGCCUGAGUUGGGAAUCCCUUAUGUUCUUCGUCCUUAAGUGAAAACAGUUUCCUUUGAGUUCAAAAGAAGCCCCUUUGAGAAGACUUCCAGUCCAUUAACUCAGUAGGCUUGUGCUACAGAGGCUGCUGCAUGGUCUUGCCCCUGUGGCUAGUGCUCUGGCUGGAAUAGGGAAGCUGCAGGCAUGCCUAGAAGUGAUCUGCAAGUCACCAUGUAUGUGAACCUUUGUUCCCUUUCUGUCCCUGAGUUGCAGGAACCCAGUGAUGGCAGAUGAUAAACCCAAGUGUGGAGAUGUUUUGCUUAUUUUUCUCUUUGUAGGAUUUCAUGGUGCUUCUUUUUAAUAAUGUGUUGGGGGGGGCACUUCAAACUGUUCUUAGGAAGAGAAGUGGAAAUCUGCUUGUAACAUUUCCAUAAGCUGUGCUGCUAUUGUCCUUAUUUGAUGAUGUAAUAUUUUUUUCCAGUGAUGGAAAACAUUGCAACAAAGACCUUCUGGAAGAUCCAA